UAUCCGUGACCACCCACACAUGGUGUAGCGAAAGCUAUACGUGAAUAGGCACAACCCGAAGCUCCAUCGUCUCCGGUUCCGUACUUUCGCCUCGCCGGAUCUGCCCGCGCUAGGUGUUGGAUUCGCCCCGCCCAGUAACAUCGCGGCCUCGAAAUUACCAGCGUGGGAGUGUUCCCCGAAGCGGUAAUGGGACAGCCAAUUCCGGACUUGCCGAUCCUCGCCGACGACGACUCUAUGUUGUCCAGGAGGUUCGGCCGCGAGGUCGCCAACUACUUUAGCGGCAACCCGCUGAACAGAGUCGCCUUUCUGAGAACCAACUAUGCUUUCCUACACGCCGCCUUCUCCCACGCCGCUACUCAGUUCCUGCUAUUCGAGAGCUUGUCGCCCCUGUCAAAGGAUGCUUCCAACUUGGCCUACGUCACCAGGGACGUCGUGGUUCCGCUGACUGGGGAAGAGCCGUUCAAGAAGCCAGAGGGUGACCAGGUAAAAGAGUACAACUCGGCCCAUACACACCCCAUCGUCGUAUUCCUCGGCAUCCACGAGAAGCAAAGAAACGGCUUCGGGUUCGGCGAGUAUCAUGGCACCCCGUACUUCGCCGUUGACGUAACCCCGAGAGGCACCAUCGCAGAUAAAGCCAACAGUGUGAUAGAUGCCGUCAAGGCCACCGGCGUCUCCUUCACCGGCGGACCGAGGGUCAUGACUCUAAACGCUCACGAAGCCGCGAUUUACGCCGAAGCCCGUGCUCUGCUAGAUUGGAAUAUUCGAAACCCGUUCUGCGCCGGUUGUGGCAAGCCGACCUUGUCCAUCAAUGGCGGGUGGAAGCGAGUGUGCCCGCCGCUAGAUUUCGCCGGCGUCUCGGAAGGUGGUGCUCCAAAGGAGCGAGCAGAUUGCCCUACACGUCACGGCAUUAGCAACCUCUGCUUUCCACGGACAGACCCAACUGUCAUCAUGGCCAUAGUCUCGGUCGAUGGCACGAAGCUACUUCUAGGCCGAAACAAGCGUUUCCCCCCGUAUUGGUACAGCACGCUAGCAGGGUUUCUCGAGCCCGGAGAGGGGAUCGAGGAAGCAGUCCGGCGCGAGACCUGGGAGGAGAGCGGCGUGACAGUGGGCCGCGUCGUUAUCUACGGCUCGCAGCCGUGGCCCUUCCCCGCAAGCUUAAUGAUCGGCGCUAUAGGGCAGGCCGUCCCGGGAGGCGAGACCAUCCACCUUGGCCACGACGAGGAACUGCACGACGCCAAGUGGUUCACCUUCGACGAGGUGAAAGAAGCCUUGACCAUCGGUGUUAGCGCCCUCGGAGAGCCUGCGCCGCCGACAUACAAAGAAGGCGGUUUGAGGCUGCCGCCUAAGACAGCUAUCGCGAAUCAGUUGAUCCAAGCGGUUCUCCGAGACUUCCCCGAGAAGACACCCAAGAUCUAAGAGACCUCGCGCCGCCAUCAUAGGAUAUAACCACGGCUCUCAGAGAAGAGGGGAACUUGGCGUGGGAGAGGCUAGAUACGGUUGGGUUGUAUGACGUAUUGCCGUCAUCCAGGGGGUAAGGGGAUUCACAGUUAGACGGGUGGAAUCUC